AUGUUAAUUACCGAGCAGCCAAUUAGUCACGUAAUAUUUGACAUGGACGGUACACUAGUAGAUACCGAGUUUAUGUUGAACCGGGUAGUCGACUUGGUUAUUGCCGAAAUUGGUAGUGGUGGUGACCAACACCCCCAACACCACAASCACCCGGAGCCUCACCCACACCAACACCACCACAACCGCCACCAGUUGACUAGUAGGCAAAAAUCGCGACUAUUGGGCCACUCGUACAGCGAACGUAUUGUCCAAAUGUUUAUGGACGCWSAGUURGAUCGUACGGGUCUAACGAUUGGCCAGUUUAUGGACCGGAUGUAUACUAGAGGUAUGGCACUGAUCGAACUAGAAGGUGGUAUACCACUGAUGCCCGGUGCCCGACAAUUGGUCCGACAUCUCCGUGCAAAUAAAAUACCGAUGGCCAUCGGUUCGGGUUCGAAUCCCGCGGACUUUAAAAUUAUCCGACGAUAUUGGCCCGAGUUUUUCGAUCAAUUCGAUCAUAUCGUCCUAACUGGCGAUCCGGGACUCCGAGACAUACGACCGAAACCCGAACCCGAUGUCUACAGGCGUUGUUACGAUAUGUUUCGGUCAAUACCCGCCAAAUCACCGGUCAAUGUACUGGUUAUCGAAGAUACGGAAAUAGGUGUCAAAGCCGCUGUCCGGGCGGGUAUGCCGUGCGUACAUGUUGUCGAUCGUAGGGUUAGCGGUUCGGACUACCGGAGCGAUAAAUCGUUGGGUGCCRUMCAAGUWAUCGGUUCGCUUAGUGAACUAAAACCCGAAUUGUUUGGUUUGCCGCCAUUUUCUUAGU